AUGGCGAGGAGAAGCGGUGCCUAUGUUAUAAACGAGGAUGCCGGUGCCCCUCUCGUCCCUGACUUUCUCGGUUUAGCGUUCCUUGCCAAUAUAACGAUCGGGGAGCCAGCAAGCGAGCAACUUGUGAUGGUUGACACUGCUAGCACGCUCUUGUGGAUCCAAUGUACACCGUGCUUGACAUGCCAAAGGCAAAUCCCUCUGUUGUUUGAACCUCUUAAAUCAUCGACCUACUCUAAUAUCCCCUGCACCCCACCUGGGACCGCAGCAUGUACUGAUGUUGGGGGUAAGUGCGAUCCAACAAACGGCUGCUUGUUCCGUCUCUCGUACUUUGACAGGACAGAGGUGUCGGGGAACCUCGCCUCUGAGAAACUUGUCUUUGGGACAUCAGAUGAUGGGAAAGUUACCAUCACGAUCAAGGUCUUUGGUUGCGCCCACGAAAAUCGGGCCCUGACAUCGGAUAACCAGCAAAGCGGGAUCCUAGGGCUAGGGUAUGAUAAUAUCUCUCUAACUGAACAGCUCGGCGGCAAGUUCUCCAUCUGCUUGGGCGACAUUCACGACCCGAACUACCCGCACAACAAGUUGAUCUUCGGUGAAGGAGCGGUGUUUGAGGGUGAUGUGACGCCCAUUGUAAGUACGCAAGAUGGAUUCUACUAUGUGACAUUGGACGGUAUCAGUGUUGGGGAAGAGAAGCUAAACAUCGACCCCAACGUGUUUAAACUGAGUUCCUCAGGCCAGGGCGGGACCAUCCUCGACACGGGUACCACGAUGAUGACGAUGAACAGAGGUGGGUACGACCCAUUGCAAAAUAAAGUUCAGAGCAUACUCAAUGGGUCGCUGCAGAGGACCGACUUCAGCAUAGGAGGCAUACCGAUGUUGUGCUACAAUGGAGAAGUGGACCGGGACCUUUCAAGCUUCCCAGCGGUCUCCUUACACCUCGCUGGUGGGGCUGACAUUGUGCUCGAUACACAUAGCAUGUUCCGACAAGUAAAUGGAGUUACCCUGUGCAUGGCGGUUGCUCCAGCAGACAACGUGGAGGGCAUGACGAUAAUAGGAGCCUUCGCACAACAGUCUUACAAUGUGGGUUACGACAUUGCUGCCGGGAAAGUUUACGUACAGAGGAUUGACUGCGAACUUCUUGAAAGCUAA